GCGCUUCAUGAGCGACGAUCCCAGCUGUAGAAACUACGCACUCUCGGUCCUCCUUGUCGUAGGCAAAUUCGACACACUGUCCCGUGACUUCAUCUCUCCGCUUGCAUUCCUCCUCGUAGGGACGGACAAGCCUCCUUAGAGCGGUUUGCUUCUUACAUCUGGUCUCGCCUGCAAGUGUGCCUUUGAUUUAUGGGCUAGACCGUCGCCUGCACCAUCACCGGUGGGAACUGGAUCGCUCCGCCUCGCCUAAACAAGAGAAUCCACUUUGCAUUCGCCUCUACCAUCUUUCUCUCCGAUUCGAUUUGAUCACGUCUCUCCCCUUCUCUUCUACGACACCAAUAAUUUUUAUUUGCUGCGAAACGCGAUGUACAAUCGCAAGACUGCCGCCAUGUUAUUGUGGCCAUCUCGCCCAACUUCUCCCGCGCCUACCGGAGGUGAAGCGAUCCCGACUUCCUACGCCCCUGAUCUGCAACGGGGUGUAUCUCUCUCCCGUCCCCUCAACGCGUUAAUGCGUCCUUCGCUCAAAGAAGCCACGGAUGUUGGAAACGCAGGACUGGUUGCCGAGUCAUACUGCACACUGCUCGGAAUGAAGCUCAACGAGGCUGUCGCUAAAGCGUUGAUGGGCGGAACGGAAGGGCCAGUGUGGGAUCGCCGUCGUUCCGUGCCCUGGGGAAAAGGCAAAUCACUCGGGAUGCUGAUUAGCGGCGAAUUUACGAAUGGAUCCAACAGCGUCGAUACGUUCACCCAAAGAGCCAUUCUUCGAACCGUGCAACGGCCGCUGUCAGUGCUCUUGAGUAACAUUCAAGGGCUCUUGACCCCGCUCCUCGCUUCCCCUCAAUUUUUACCCACUUCCCCUCUGCCGCCCUCACUGUCCGCUGCCCAGGUGCAUGCCCUGGCUCUGGCGGCCUUCGCUGGCGAGCUAAGCGACGCCCUUCUAAUACCGAAUGUUCCUCGUUUCGUCAACGAGGGGCUGGCGCCAUAUAGAGCCCAACUGAGCGCUCUCGAGACACGCGCUGGCCUCCCCAUUGUUGCGGCAUUAAAGGGUAUCCUCGUUGGAUUAGCCGUAGACCUGGAGAAUGCUACAGCUGGCAUCAAGGAACACGGUAGCCUCGCCGCUUUGAACCAGUCCGUAGUGGGCGCCAGCAAGCUUCUGCAAAGGCUUCUUGGAGCAGAACCUACCGACAAACGACAGAUUUGGGCAGCAGAAUUGCUGGCAAAUGUUGCAUGGGAAGGAAUGGUCAGCUUGGUUUAUCGACCUCGCGCCACGAUGAGGGCCAUUUUUCCGGAGCGCAAGUCCUCCCCACCCUUGGGCAUUACACACGCUGCAGAGAGAGUGGAUGUCCCAUCAAGGUUUGGCAUCAAGCAGCUUGUCUCGCGCCCUGUCACUCCCUCUGUCCCCCAACGUCCGGUCACGCCAAGCACUUUAUCCCGCGAUGCGCAUGCAUUACAGUCUUUCGUUACGGCACUCUCGAACAGUUGCGCAGUGUUCACCAAUUCGCUUGCAUCCGAGCUGCGUUCAGAAGCACUGCUGAGCCUGGCACAACUGCACACUCUGUUUUCAUUAGCGCCACCUUCAACCCUGGUGGAUAUUCCAGAAUUGGAGUUACUGCCCAGUGCCAUUGUUCUGACUUACCUUCUGCCCGAAGGCAAGGUUGCUUCCCUUUUGGGGAUGGAUGCAGGAACGUUCAGGGGUCGUUGUCUCAAAGAUGAGAACAGUGCCGAACGAUGUGAACAGGCGGUGGAGCAGGUCGUCCGUGAUUGGGUUGCCGAUAAAGAUGGAUGGGCAGCUGUACAUCGGUGGCUCGUUGGGGAUAGCUCUGCAUGCAGCACUUAGAAACUCAAUAGAUUUCCCCUCUAGAUGAAUUCUUC